CACCUCCGCCGCGCCGCACAUGCUCCCCCGCCUCGCCCGCGCGCACCGCCGCGUCCUCCUCCCCACACGUCGCGCCCUCUCCACCUCCACCACCCCCACCGUCGCCGUGCCGGCGCCGCUCUCCUCCGCGGAGCUCGAGGCGCUGCUCCUCAUCCUCCCCUCCCGCCUCAAGGGCCGCCCGCUCCCGCUCCCGUCCCUCCCGCUCCGCCUCGCCAUGCUCUCCGCGGCCUCCGCCCUCGACGCCGUCUUCGCCCCGCGCGCAGCCACCUUCGCCUACCGUGCCCGCCACGCCGCCAUCCGCUACCUCCGCUCCAUCCCCAACGCCACCUGGUUCUUCCGCGUCGCCAUCCCGCGCCAGCCCUUUGCCACCCGCCACGUCCGUCGCCUUCUCGACGCCAUCUCCGGCAAGGUCGACGACCCCGGGUUCCUGGACUAUCUGCGCGAGAUGUUCCUCUCCGAUGCGAUAGCCUUCGAGCUCGGCGGCUCUGAGCUCUGCCGCGGGCUCCCGCAGGAGUCGGAGCUCACCAUCACGAUGCUGAACAUAUUCUUUGAUCCUGUGGAUAGAGAGGUGAUGGCCAUCCGGGAGGAGGUGCACAAGAAAAAUCCCAGAGUUAAGGAUGACAGCGUUCGGCAUACGCCUGUGAGAGUGUAUGCCGUCCGGUAUCUCGACGAGACGAUGGUUGUGACCUCCGGGUCGAAGAUGCUCACACUUGAGGUCAGAGAUAGGAUCCUCUCAGUGUUUGAGAGGGAUUUGGAGGUGAAGGUUGACAGGUUUGGUAGCUCAGUUCACAGUGCAGCGUCAGAGAAGAUGGAAUUCCUGGGGAUGGAGUUUCAAGCCGUGCCGCCGUCAGUCUUACACCCUCCCAUGUCUGAGAAGGCGAAGAGGGCAAGGAAGAUGUAUCUGAAAAGGAAAGCAGCGGAGGCGCAGGAGCUGAAGAAUGCCCGGGAGACACGGAGGAAGAAGCUUGGGUUGAAGAUACUGAACCACUUGUUCAAGAAGGUGAGGCGUGGGCAUGAGUUUGAGUUUGCCUUCCGAAUUGAGGAUGAAGUGCGGCAGGAGUUCAAGGGUUGGGCAGAGGAGACAGUGGUUGAAUACUUCAAGUCGCAGGAGCAUCGCCGUCAUUGGCACCGAUUGUUCACAUCUGGUGACUUCUUGUCACUGAAUAGGGUGAGGGAUCAGUUGCCAUCAACAUUGGUGGACUCCUAUGACCAAUUACAGGAAACACUCGACAGGUUUUUGAUGCCGAGGAGGGGCCAUGACAUAACUGAGGAUGAGGAGAUGCUAGCAGAGGAGGAGGACGAGAGACAAUAUGAGAAUAGGAUUGUUGAGGACUUGACAGAGUUGAAGAUGAGGGUCAAUGCACCAAUAGAGCUUGUAAGAAAGGCGGUAAAGUUGGCCGGGUUCACAAAUUCCAUGGGACGGCCACGGCCAAUAAAGCUACUUAUCUGUCUGGAUGAUGCAGAUAUCAUCAAAUGGUAUGCUGGUGUGGGGAGGAGGUGGCUAGAUUUUUUCUGCUGCUGUCGGAAUUUCAAGAUGGUCAAGAUUGUUGUGAGUUAUCACUUGAGGUUCUCCUGCUUCUUGACAUUGGCGGAGAAGCAUGAGUGCACCAAGAGGCAAGCAAUUAGCCAUUAUACAAAGGAUUUGAAGGUGACAAAUGAAAAUGGAGUGCCUGAAGUGUACUUUCCAACAGAGAAGGAGAUCAAGAUGAUGGGUGAUAAGAAUCUCUCUGAUCCAAAGCCUGUGGAUGGAGCCUUGACAAUGAUCUUGGUCAGGUUGGCGGUCGAUGACACCUCCCUCCCAUGCCUGGCUCAUUUUUGUGCUGGAACAGACACUGCCCUUUACCGGAUACGUCUUUUGCAGAAUCGACUAAAUGUCGAUCCUUUGAAUGAAAAGAAGUGGGUCCAAGGACUAAGUGCCAUUCAUGAGAGUCUGAACAAGAAAUGCCUCCCACUGUGCUCCAUACAUGCAAGCGAUCUACUUCUUGGCAAGAUUACUCUCCGAGAUAUUGAUUGUACUCAGUUUGUUGAUGUGGUGUGAAAAGAAAAAACAACUUGCAUGAUGCCUAGUUCGAAACACAAAGCUCACAUAAAGAUGCAAUACUGCAGUGCUUGCCAAGUGUAUUUAGUGCUGAUUGCAUUUGGCACUGUACAUGUCCUGGAUAUCCAUCCUGUCAGUGGGUAGAGCAAAUACUGAUUAGUUUUUUUACAGAGGAAUGAUGUGGUAUGCUAGUUUUACCAUUGAAUGUGCAAACUAACUUCAUAUCAGUUUUACUCAGGUCCAAACGGAGUAGAAAAACUGUACUAGAAACAUUUUCCAGGGUAGACAACACGUUGGUGCCUGAAGCCACUCUGCGGGGGCUUGACAAAGGCGGACUGGCAUCAGGUGACUUGCCUCUUGGCAGUCACGGCGUAACAUGCGCCCACCCAUCUGCCGUUCAAAUAAGAUCCAAUGGCACUGAUUGGCCCAAGUGAAAACAAGCCACUUUCUUCCUGAUCGAAAGGCCACCAGCCACUGAAGGCCAAAACUGCCCAAAAACGAUUCAGACUUAACCUUUUUUUCAGGCAUUCGACAGUAGCAACCAUAAAACAACAGCGGCCACAAAUUAGCAAGAUUAGCUAGAUAUAAUUAGCCCACGAGGCUAUAAUCUCCUUUCUUGUAAAUGAUGUAGCCCUGCUGUCCAACGAAUAAAGCAGAUUUAACUGUUAAUUCUUUUUUA